AUGGUUUUAACCAUUGCUCUUUCUCAGUCUUGGCAGGUACACCAAUUGGACGUGACAAACGCAUUUCUUCACGGUAACCUACAAGAAACAGUUUACAUGUAUCAACCUAUGGGGUUCAGGGACAAGAAUUAUCCUGAUCAUGUAUGUCGACUCAAGAAGUCUUUAUAUGGGUUGAAACAGGCACCUUGGGCGUGGUACCAACGCUUUACCGACUAUGUUCUCACCUUGGGAUUUGUGCAAAGUAAAUGUGACGCUUCUCUAUUCACUUUUCAUCAGGGUUCACAGGUUGCUUAUCUUCUAUUAUACGUGGACGACAUCCUGCUGGUCACCUAUUCCGACACACUUCACGGCAAUUUAAUGUAUCAUCUCGCUAAGGAAUUCGCCAUGAAAGAUCUCGGCCCUCUUCGCUUCUUCCUUGGCAUCUCCGUUACGCGCCACAAGAACUCUAUGUUUCUCUCUCAACAGUCAUAUGUUAAGGAAAUUAUUGAGCGAGCCGGCAUGACAUCUUGCAACCCCGUUCAUACCCCGGUUGACACGCUUGCCAAACUUAGUGCCAAUGCCGGAACAGAUUUUCAUGACCCCACUUUAUAUCGCAGUCUGGCAGGUGCUCUUCAGUACCUAACUUUCACUCGCCCGGAUAUUAGUUACGCUGUACAACAAAUAUGCAUCCACAUGCAUGCCCCGAAAACGGAUCACUGGAAUGCUCUUAAACGUAUUAUUCGCUACAUCCAAGGUACUACAUCCUUUGGUCUUACGCUCGGCCCAUCCACAUCCCCUCAACUAAUUGCAUACACGGAUGCUGAUUGGGCCGGAUGCCCUGACACUCGUCGGUCUACUAGCGGCUAUUGCGUUUAUUAUGGUGAUAACCUUAUAUCUUGGUCCUCUAAACGGCAAGCUACUAUUUCUCGUUCAAGUGCCGAAGCUGAAUAUCGAGGUGUGGCUAAUGUCGUUGCAGAAGUUUGCUGGCUUCGCAACCUUCUUCUGGAGUUACAGCGCCCCCUGUCUCGUGCCACACUUGUUUAUUGUGAUAAUGUUAGUGCCGUUUACCUUUCCGGGAAUCCAGUCCAACAUCAACGCACUAAACAUAUUGAGCUUGACAUCCAUUUCGUUCGUGAAAAGGUUCACCGGGGUGAGGUUCGCGUUCAUCAUGUUCCUUCACGUUAUCAGAUUGCUGACAUCUUCACAAAAGGCUUGCCACGUGUUCUAUUUGAAGAUUUUCGAGCCAGUCUAAGCCUUCGGUCACCUCCGGCUUUGACUGCGGGGGUGUAA